CACGGGUCGCCAUUUUGGAACUGUUCGCUCCCCAAGAUGCCUCCAGUCAUCAUUGCUGAUUCUGACGAUGAAGACAACAGCUACUCGCCGCCGCGCAGCCCUCAGGCACCCGUGUCGCCUCAAGAUUUCGGCGUGGAGGCAACGCGUUCAUUCGGCCGUGUAAGCCACACGACAACUUCUACUGACCCGUCCUUCUUUCGGAACAUUUAUGACGAGCAGAAUGACGCUGCUCGCGAGAAUGCCCCAGACGCGUUGCCCGGAUCGACUGACAAUGCCGCACCUUCAAGCUCGGAGGUGACUGCGCCCGCGCCCUUCCAGCGAACGGUGACGGGACUAAUCGAGCCAUCUUCGCUCACAUCAAUAUCGGAUCCCACAGCCACCAGGGACCCCAAAGCUUCUAGUGGAAAGGCUAUGAGCGAUUGGACGCAAGUGUCGACGCCUGGAAGGAGGAAGGCACCUACCGCCAUGAUGGACGACCCAGUUUGGGACGUGCCAAACAGCCCCGACGAAGGCCACGCACGACAGGUUCCCAAAAUCCGAUUGAAGCGCCAGGACGCCCAGUCAACUUCCAGGCCGCCGGGAAAACGAAUCAUCAAGCUGAAAUGUCGAGGACUUGCCUCUGUCAAGAAGACCGAGGCCGAUCAUGACCACGGACCAGAUGGUGACGGUUCACCUGCAGGGGCAAGGAAAAGAAGGAAAAUUGAGAGUUCACACCUCUCUCCACAGGGAUCCAAUGAAGUCGACCUUGUGACCAUCCCAUUCAGCAACGACAAUGAAGACACACAUCCAGAAUCACAACUAGCUGCGCCAUCGAGUAUGCUACCCCCAACACUUCCUCCAACGCUCCCUAUCGAUAAUGAUGCGUCAUUCUACAUCUCGGCCAAGCCCUUGACCGAUGCACAGAAGCUACAGUACCAAAGCGUGCACCUGGAUUCUAGCGACAGCAACCGCCAGGAGUAUCUACCUCCCAUAUACACACAUGCUGCUCAAAUGAUAGGAUCGAGUGGAUCAGCAACCAAUGUGAACACCCCACGGAGCGAUGGAAUUGGUUUCAGCACCGCCCCUCUGCCAUCAGCUGCAUCAGAAGUGGACCAUGACAUGGCUACGCAGUUAAAUGACCGAAGACUACCCUCAUCUCCUGAUAUCAUUUCUGCCAUUGAGCCACCCGCAAAACCAAAAGAGGCGAAAAAACGCGGUCGGCCAAAGAAAGAUGGUCUAAGGAAGGAGAGCCCAACGCGUGCUAGUCCAAAGCAAGAUAUUCCACAGCAGGAGAGUCCAAAGCCGGAUAGUCCAAAGGUUGUAAACUGCGAUGAGUCGGAAGUGGACACGAAGUUAGACAGAACGGAACCGCCAUUUGUCGAGGCGGCGGCAAACGACGAAGAAUCCGACUACGCAGAACAACCUGUCAAACCAAAGAAAGCAAGAGGGCGGCCACGAAAGAAAGCCACAGAAGAAGUACAGCCGACUACGCCGCUACCAGCUAAUUCGGUGGUUGGAGAAAAUACUACCACGCAGAAAAAGAAACGCGGCAGGCCACGGAAACAAGACAAGCUGGCGGCCGUUGAGCAAAGCCCACAAGCCACGACCGUAGCAUUAGACGAUGUUGCGCAAGUUCCUUCUGACACUGUUCAAAUCAAAGUCGACUCUAAGAAAUUGACGGAAGAGCGCGGUGCAGACCACGAGCCGGAUGAGCCCGAAGAGGAGGACCAAAGCAAAUCGGAACUAGAUACAACGGUCUUGAAGGAAACUCGUCAAAAUACCGCCAUCCCAACUGCCCUUAGCACGGUCAAGGAUGAAAAGCUCAAGGUCCCAGAUUCCCCCGUGGUCGAGAAAGGAGCCAAGGCCAGCCCGUCUGGUCCAGCUGUCAAGGGUCUGGGACAAGCUCGCGGGCUAUCCGCAAUUACAGCCGCCAACAAGCCUAUAUAUCGGGUUGGGCUGAGCAAGAGGUCGAGGAUUGCGCCUCUGCUGAAAUCCCUACGCAAAUGACGACGACUUGCUUGUAUGAAUGGACUCAUUGUAUAUUACGGACUUCAUGGGCCGAGGUAAAAUGGACCGGAUACUUUUGGGAGGAGUCAAUCUGGAAGGACAAUGGAAAGAGGGACAUAGAUAGAAAUCAAGGCGGCCUUGAGUCCUUGCCGACUACACAUGAAACUUGUCAAACAGUCAAACAGGAUAUUAUUUCUAGACUUUACCGUGCCAAAUGGUUUCCAUUCCUUCGCCGGGCUUAUCUGGGCGAUGGGAAAGUCGUGGAUUCUAC